UGUUUAUUGGGGCAAUUCAGAAUCAUCAUCCAAAAACAGGCAAAUUAUCAAAAUCACAAGGCAAACAAUCCAGAUAACAACAAGACAGAAAACACUGGCAAACAGGAAAAUCCGGAAAACCAGGCAGAAGAUCAAAAACCAUGACACAUUAAACCAGAAAAGCACUCAGAAAUGCAGCGAUGAUGAUACAAACAAGAUUUUGCCCAUGAGUGCAUGAAAACACGGGGGCUUAUGUAGGUGGGACUUAACAAGCUAAUGACAUAUAGCUGAACCUAAUCACAACAAAAUGAUCCAGGCAAUGGGAAUUAAAGUUCAUGAUGAGAUGGCCCAGGAGUCGGGAGGAGUGACCUCUGGUGGAGAUUAUGGACACUUCAGUUGGCGGAUGUGAAAGAUACUUUCACCAACACAAAUAACAAAUUACAUUUACAGUCCAGAUUACCUUAUUGAUGAAUUGAUGAAAAAACACUGGACAUUUAAAAUCUGAAAUGACAGUGUCCUUAAGCUUUUUUUACAUGCUUUCUUUGUAAAAAACAAAGCCCUCAGCAUAGCCUACUAGGAUGUAUUUAAAGUUACUGUCUCUCCUCUUAAGAUCAAUACAAAGGGUUGGUUGUUGUAACACACCCCCUCCCCUCCCCCCGCCUGACGAGUCUAUGUGUUGUGGAAACACAUCUGUUUUAGUCAGGGCGGAUUUACAUCAUUCAUACAUUUCCCUGAGACCAGAGUGAGGAAUAAACAGAAUAACAAGCAACCUACAAAAUCACAGGGACUGUGUUGAAAAGAAACAUGGUAGGGUUAUGUGUGACUUUUGCUUUAGACCACUAAAUCACUUCAAAUAUACUUAUAAUGCAUAUUCAUCAACACCAACAAGCUCUUUUCAUGAGCUAUUCAAGUUGACCAACUCAAUUGAAUUAUUUUGGCUGCAACCCUUUAUUUUCAUAAAUUUACAUAAUUAUUUAUUUAUUUUUGUCCUGGACAAUAAGAGUCUGGAAAAAAAAAAUCCUGUUUCUAUACACCCUAAUUCAGAAGUUUUCAGACCCAAACCCACUGAAUUAUAUGAGGGUGCAAAUUAUGUUGAGGGUCUGAUCAACCAAAGGAAGUCAAAAUGAAUUAUUUUAGAGGUAUUCUCUCUGUUAACAAACAGUAAGUAGCCUAUAUAUGUUUCAGCAGCGUUACAUCAACACUUCAGUAACUACAAAAUUUAGUUUAGCUCUAAAUAGACGCUGGCGAACAGAAAUCGCGUUUGACUGACUGUGGCAACAGCUCGAUUUCCGUUAUCACUGGUAUCGGAACACAAGUAGAACACUGUCAUUUCCACUUUAUUAAAUUUGCGCAUUACAAAUACAUCACAAAACUCAAGUUUUUUGUUUUCUUCUUUAAGACAAAUCAACGUUAUGAUCGGGGCGCCAAAAGGCUGAACGAGCGCCGAUUCUCGAUAAUGGGAAAUUCAUUUAAAACACUGACUGCCUGAAAGUCAAUGAAGAAUUCUGAAAUUGCAAAGAAUAAACAUUGAGUACCAUGGACAGCGCUCAAACGUGUGAACAAUGAUUUUGGUAAUUCAAAUAACGAAAGGGAUUUCAAACUUUCUCCAGUCUUUUACUACUUCUCAACCGUUUCAAAAUGUGCUACAGAGCAGAUUCAGAGCAGGUGCGCUGCAGGGGUUUUUGUCCUUGUAACCUGGAUGUAGCGUCCAGUAGGAAACCCCAGUAGAGCAGACAGGCUCAGACGUCAGCUGAGAAGGAGGUACACUAAUCAACACAGUAGUUCCACCGCAUAUGAGGAUUGUAAUCACCACACGGUGGAGCAAAGGGACGGCAAACUUUAUUCCCACUUCUGAACCGAGCAACAAAGUUCAGCAAUUGCAAAAACAAACAAAAAAAAUCGUCGUGCAUCUCUUCUAACACUUAAACUCUUCAGCAAAUAAAUAUCCUUUCUAUGGAUUACAGUCUGUUGUCAAAACGCCAGAGCACAAUAAAUGUUUUGCUUUUCCCCAGAAAACAAGGCAGUGACUUUUGUUCAAUGCGCACCCAGAACGGACUGCGAUGAUUGUGUCCAACUUGAGUUUGAUCAGCUGCAGGAGGGCGAACGGCGCGCUGUGCCUCAGUGCAGUGGAGGGACAUUUGGAGGCAUCCUCCUCCUAUAGCACCCUCAGUCCCACUGGCCACCUGCUCGUGGCGGUGAGCUUGGGCUUCAUCGGCACUUUCGGAUUCAUCAACAACCUCCUGGUUCUCGUGCUCUUCUGCCGCUACAAGGUGUUGCGGUCCCCCAUCAACUUUCUGCUGGUGAAUAUUUGCUUGAGUGAUCUACUGGUUUGCGUGUUGGGCACGCCGUUCAGCUUCGCGGCGAGCACUCAAGGGCGAUGGCUCAUCGGCGACAGUGGAUGCGUGUGGUACGGCUUUGCCAACUCGUUGUUAGGCAUCGUAUCUCUUAUCUCCCUGGCCGUGCUAUCAUACGAACGCUACUGUACGAUGAUGGGCUCCACAGAAGCUGAUGCCACCAACUACAGGAAGGUGGCCAGUGGGGUAGUGAUGUCCUGGGUUUACUCUUUAAUCUGGACUUUGCCCCCUCUGUUUGGUUGGAGCCGCUAUGGCCCAGAAGGCCCUGGGACCACCUGCUCUGUAGACUGGACAACCAAGACAGCCAAUAACAUCUCUUACAUCAUUUGCCUCUUUAUUUUUUGCCUGAUUAUCCCCUUCCUGGUUAUUAUCUUCUGCUAUGGUAAGCUGCUGCAUGCCAUUAAACAGUUCUACAGGUGUUUCAGAGCGCUUCUCAACUGUGACAAACCCCAGCGAGGUUCCAGUCUGAAAAGUUCUUCAAAGGCAACUAAACCUUUUCGGCCUGGACGGCGCACAGACAACUUUACUUUUGUGGUCGCUUCAGUGGGACCCACAGUGGUCCCUGAUAAGACAAACCCUGUGGAGGAAGGCCCUCUAUCAACAGAUACUGCCAAACCUGCAGUGGUCUUCCUUGUGGCCCAUUAUAAUGGUUGAGAGUUAUUCUGUUUCAAAAAUGGCAACACUGAAGAAACUUUUCAUACAGAAUUUGGAAGAUUUUACAUGCGUAUGAUGUAUAAAUACUUAAAAAAAAAAAAAAAAAAAAAUGAGAAAAGGAAAGAAUCCUGAGGGAGGCUGAUUUUGUGGAGUUUAUUUUUGCCAUCUAUAUUUGUCUGCUAUCCAACAACAGGGUGUUAUAUUCUAGUAGUAAUAUGUAGCUAAUACGUCCUAAUUUUCUCUCAGAUUCUGCAGAUGUUGAUAUUACUAUUUUUGUAGACAUGUCCAAAAGAUCUGCUGAUAAAAAAGACUAUUCUUUGUACAGUAAACAACAGCUCUUGAAUGUCUCUUUGAAAAUACUUUUUUGGUAAUAAUGGUGAAGAGAAAACAAUAUUUGUAACAAUGUACAACUUUUCUUUUUUUUUUUUUUUGAAUGGUGUUAAAACAAAAGAGUUUUCAUUUUGUUUUUUUGUUUUUUUAACAUACAAAAAAGAGGGACAUUGGGUAUGAUGAUUUUCCCCCAAUGGCUUUUAAACCUGUAUGGCCUGUAUACAGUGAAUGUAAGUUACAGUUUCUAUGUUUUUUAAUGAUUAAUGUUCAAGCCUAAUUAUAAUUAUAUUAUAUAUAUAUGAAUAAGUCUAAAGAUAUUUGGACACCAGUAAAUCUCUAAGUAUUUACUAAUUUAUGUUCUAUUUUUUUGUUGAAAUGUGUACAUGAUAAAUUACAUGAUAUAAACUGUGGUGCUGUUUAGUCCAAGCAGAGAGAAAAAAAGGAAAAAUAAAAAUAACACUCUUAUGUUAGAACAUGUAAUUUUACUGUAGCAAACCCAUACAUUAGCACUUUAUAUUUAACCCAUUUGUGCCCAAAUUUUUCUGAAUGGUUUCAUGCAUAUAGUCGUGUUAAUAGUGUCCUAUGUGAACAUGUUCUGCAUUUAUUUUCCCCAGGUUUUUUUUUCCUUUUUUUCUUUUUCUUGGAAAUCAUAUUUGAAUGUGCGGCAAUGUGUUGCCGGUGGGCAAAUAUGUUGUAUGCACCCCCUCAAUGUAAAAUGUAAAUAGGAGGAGGACAUUUGGCAUCUAACUCAAAAUAACUGCUUUCAACAGAUCAAUCUUUAUUCAUAAACAGAUUUAUUAUGUAUACAAGUAUACCCAAAAAGGCUGCAUCUAGCUUAUAAUCUCUUGAAUAUGAAAAAAAUAAAAAAUAAAAAUAAAAAUAAAUAAAUAAAAAUUAAUAAAUAGAAUGAAGAAAAAAAUACACAGGACAUGGGGGUGGGACAGUAGAGUUGUGGAAAGAUUGCUCUCUCAUCUCCUCCUUUUGACAGAUUUAUUCAUUUUAUUCUGUUUAUAGAGAUGUCAGUUAAAGGGUGAAGUUAGACUCUAAAAAUGCUGGGUUAAAAACAGCUCAAAAAGUUGGGUUGAAAAUGGACAAACCCAGCUGUUGGGUUAAAUUUUGCCCAACCUGCUGGGAAG